AUGCGAAAAUCAACAAUACUCGGGACUUUGCUAGCGUUCUUACCUCUGGCUCGCGGCGCGCUCUACCCGACUCGGCCCAUCGCGAAAACAACACUCCACGUCGGGAAGGAUGAAAUGAUCAAAUGGACCGACGAUGGAAAGGCGCCGCAUCUGAGCCAAAUGGGACCCAUGAAACUGGACCUGUUCGCGGCAAACAACACCUACCUCUGCACGCUCAGCGAUAGCGUCGACCCCACCACCCGCAGCCUCGCCAUAGCACUUCCGCCCGGUCUUGACUACACCGCGCCUCGCUACGCGCUGCACUUCGUCCCGCACCACUCCCGCUACGGCAUCAUAUACACGGCGGACUUUGCCAUCGCUGACAAGGGGAACGACGAUGCGGACGGCGACCGGGAUGCCGGUCCUGAUGCUAGCGCGCCUGCCGCCGAGACGGAUAUGAUGCCCUUCGCCGCCACGCUCGCGCACGAUGAAAAGGCCCCGUCUGCGCUCAAUGAAUCAACCACGCUUACUGCCAACGAAACAGCCGCGCCGCACCUCCUCACGCUCGUGCUCCCCUCGACCACGCUCACCACCACGCUCGCGGGCGCCGCCGUGAUGCGGACGCCCUCGCACUUUACGGUGACCGCGCCGUCGGUUCAAGAGACCGCCCCGUCUCUGAAGCAGGCCGACGAGCCUGAGAAGGAGCAGGCGCAGGAGGAGGACGAGGGUCACGACGGCAGUGACGGGCAUGGCGAUGGCGCGCGCAAUGUCAGCUCGGUGUACCACCCUCCGAUCAAGAACCACGAGUACAACAGUGCGCUGCGCGGCUUUGGCUGGUCCUCGUCUGGUGCUAUCGACUGGGAGCGCCUCAAGUUCAAGCUCGUGUUCAUUGUUUGGCCUGCGAUGGUCGGCAUCUCAAUGGCGGUCUGAGGUCUCGAUCCAAUCUGGCGACCCGCUUCUUGCGUUAUCUUCCCGUCAACCGAUUGUCUACUUGACUUCUCCUGUGACGCCUCUCCGUUCUCUCUCCCUUUAAUCUGCGUUUUCCCUUCGCCUUCAGCCUGCGCCUCCUCUUCUUCGUCUUCGCCUCUGUCUCCUGGUCUCACGACUUGCCUCUCUAUAUCGAGCCCUUGUGAUUCUACUGCGACCUGCCGCCUCUUUCUCGCUCUAGUCUGCGUCUCUGUACCUCUACUGGCCCCACCAUCGUCGACGCUCUGCAC